AGGAGAGAAGAUGGAGGGGGAGAAGGAAGCUGAGAUCUCCCAGCAGAAGAAGAGAACAGUUGCUGGUUGUUGUCACAGCUGUACAAAGUGCACACCCUUUGCCCCUCCAUAAGGAAAGGGGAAGGAGACAGGAGAAAGAACGGCUGGGAAGAAGAAAGAAAGGUAACCCCAGAACUACUUCUUCUUGAUCAAGUACACCACCUCUCUGCCCACAAGAGAAGCUAUUCUGGGGGCAUUUUUUCCGUCCCCUGUCCCUUCACGUCCUGCUGCCAUCCUGCAGCCGCCUCUCAUCUCAACAAAGCCACACAUUCUGGAUCCGUCAUGGCCUCAGCCCCCCCAUCCACAGAUGUAGGAGAGGAAGUCUUGUGCCCCAUCUGCAAGGACUUCCUGACAGACCCCGUGACCUUGGAUUGCGGCCACAACUUCUGUCAGGGCUGCAUCACCAAGCACUGUGAAAUACGGGAUGAAAUUGACAUGGGGGACUGCAAGUGUCCCGUCUGCACGGUCAAGAUCCAGAGCAGAAAUUUCUGCCGCAAUUGGCAGCUGGCAAAUGUAGCAGAAAGACUCAAGCUCCAGAGAAAGCAACUAUGUGAGAAGCACAAAGAAAAACUCCACCUGUUCUGCAAACAAGAUGAAGAAUUGGUGUGUUUGUUUUGUCAGCAAUCCCCAGAACAUAAAUCACACACUGUGGUUCUCAAGGAAGAGGCUGCCCAGGAAUACAAGACACUCAUCUGUGAUCGCCUGGAGCAUCUGAAGAAAGCGCGAGUGAAAAUUCAGGCUUAUGAAGCAAAAAUAGGAGAAGAAAGCAACAGCCUGCUUAGAAUAACAGAAACUGAGAGGCAGAAUAUAGAGGAGCAGUUCAGACAACUGCACCAGUUUCUGGAAGAACAAGAAAAGCGUCUGCUGGAUGAAAUAGAAGAAAUGGAGAAGGAGAUCACAAGAAGAAGGGAGAAGCACCUGGCUGGACUCUCUGAGGAACUCUCCUCUCUUGAAAGGAGCAUCCAGGAGAUGGAGGAGAAGAGUCAGCAGCCAGCGAGUGAACUCCUGCAGGAUGUUAGAAGAACUUUGCAGAGGUGUGAGCGAAGCGGGACAUCUGAAAAUCCACUCACUUUCCCACUAGAAUUGAAGAGGGAGAUCUCAAAAUUCAGGGCUGCAAAUCCCAUUCUAUAUGUUGGGGUAGAGAAAAUAGAAGAUGCUCUGUUAUCUGGACUGCUUCAGAAAGCAAAUGUCACUCUGGAUCCAGACACAGCCCAUCCCUGCCUCAUCCUGUCCGAGGAUCAGAAAAGUGUGAGAAAGGGAAGAAAACAUCAAGUCCUGUCCAAUUAUCCUGAGAGAUUCAGUGCCAUGCCUUGUGUGUUGGGAUGUGAGGGAUUUACAGCAGGCAGACAUUUCUGGGAAGUCAAUGUGGGAAGUGAGGAAUGGUGGGCUGUGGGGGUUGCCAGGAAGUCUGUGGAGAGAAAGGACUUCUUCCCCUUAAGGUUUGAGGGAGGCAUCUGGGCUUUGGAGAAGUGGCUUGGCGAGUACAGGGCCUUCACAUCCCCUGAUUACUUUCCUCUGUCCCUGAGUGAGGAGCCCAAGAGGAUCCGGGUGACUCUGGACUAUGAAGAGGGAUAUGUGUCUCUUUCUGACGCUGACUCAGGGGCUGAACUCCACACAUUCUCAGGAGCCUCGUUCUUUGGGGAGACCCUUCUCCCUUUCUUUUGUCUGUGGGGAAAUGAAACCCAACUCAGGACCUCCUGUUAGGAGCAGAAUUGACACCUUUGCAGGUGUCCUGUGAGAGGAGUCAUUCCAGUCACACUUGGAGGAAACGACAAAACAAAAUCUGGGAUUUUCUUUUCCCUCUGCUUUCCCAGAAUUCCCUCUGCAGUGGAGUCCUUAAAGAGAGGGAAACACUUUAACCGUCUCAAUUAUAAACAAUCUAUUUCUCCAAAGAAUUCACUUGCCACCCCCUGCGAUCCUGGUUCUGUUGUUCACCUUCCUCUCAUGACAGGACCUCCACCAGCUGUUAAAAUGCCCACAUUGAUUAAUAGAUUACUGGAGAACAAUCCCUCCAGGCACCUUUUGCAACUACAGCUUGUGCAUCUCAGGCAGGAAGGAAAUAAGAAGACUGUCUGUGAGGCCCCAACGUCCAACCCUUUGCAAAUGCAGCCUCCCCAUCUCCACACUUCCCCAGAGAGAAAUCUCACUGAAUCCAGAGUUGAUGGGAGUUGUAGUCCAGCAACUUGGCCAAGUCUGCCCUUUAUAAUCCACAUGGUGUCUUCCCUUUGGCCCCCACCCUGGAUGUGAGAUGUUCCCACAAAGAGGGUCUUUUCAGUAUGUGUGGAACCCCCUCCCACCAGAUCACACUUCCCCACACAGCAAGAGGUCUCUCCAAGUCCCACAUGUGCAGCCCCCAUCCGCCAAUAAGGGGGAGAGUUAAGUGUUCAGGGUAGUGGAGAUGUCUCCAAGCCUCUUAAGUCUUUCUGCCUAGCAAAGGGAGGAAACAGUUGCCAGGGGUAGCAGGAGGGCUCUCUCAGCCCCUCAAGGGCAGCAGCUAGCAUUCUUGUUCUCUCUUUGGUGGCUAUUGAGGUGCUUCAGAGAAGGGAGAAGACACCCCUUCACCUUCCUCCCUGCCCCCUCUCUCCAGAUCCACAUAAGUCCAACAACCAGGGAGGGAGGGAGUUCAGCAGACCAAAGGCCCAGUCUCCCCAGUGCUAAUGCCCUUUUACUGUGUCAGGAACAUGCUGCAGAAUACACCAGCCUGGAGGGACCCUUGACACAGCAAGGGAAGGAAAUCUGCCCCUCGGCCCUUUUCCUAAUUAGGGACUGUGGGGUUUCAUUGCUCCAAUGAAGACCACGCUGGGUGCAGUUCUCCAGUGGACCACUUGAUGUCAGCGUUCCACCAUGAGCAAGGCUCUUGUUAUAGUAUCCACCAGAGCUUUCCAAACUUUUCACCCUGCUGACACGCUUUUUAGACAUGCGUCAUUUUGCAACACAGUAAUUCAGUUUUACUAGCAAACCAGAGGUUAAACCAGGGGUCCUCAAACUACGGGCCACGGGCCACAUCCGGCCCACCAGUGUCCUGAACCCGGCCCACCCCCAGGCCACACUGCCUCUAAGCCCAAAUCCUCUGUGGGCUGGGCGUGCACCUCUCUGCCCUGCCCACCUCACAGGGCUGUUGUGGGAUGCAAAGGCGAGCAAGUUCCACAGGAGCAGGGUGGGAGGGCCAUGCCAGCUGCUCCUUUCCUCCAGCCCCGCCCCCUCUGCUAGCCCCGCCCUUCCCCGCACAGGUACUUCUGCUGGGCGCAAUACCCUGCACGGAGGCUG